GGCUGCGACCCCUCUACCGCAAGCGACUCUAGACGUCCAUUCAACCCACUUUCAUUAUGGCCGGGUCACAGUUGAAACGACUCAAGGAGUCACUACGGAGUCAAGGAGUCAUUGGCCCCCAGCAGUCAAAGAAGCAGAAGAAGCGGAACGCGCAGGAUGAGCGUGCGAACGGCGACAAGCGCUUAAGCCGAACAGCAAAGCUCGAGGGCAUUCGCGAGCAAUUCAACCCUUUCGACCUGAAGCACAACGUACGCGGACCAAAGUUCGAAGUUACGAGCAACAGGCCAGCCACAGGAAAUGCCGCCAAGGGUAUCUAUGGCCGACCCAGUGAGGCCAAGGCCGCCGGCGAGGAGCGCCGAAGAGAGACGCUGCUGGUCGAGAUGCAACGGCGUCAGAAAGUCGGCGGAAUCCUCGAUCGACGUUUCGGAGAAGACGAUGCCAACAUGACACCAGAAGAGAAGGCCUUGGAGCGCUUCGCCCUCGAGAAGCAAAGAUCACACAAGCGCUCCACUUUCGACCUGGAAGACGAUGAUGUUGGAGAAACCUUCAGCUUGACUCACGCAGGCAAGUCGCUGUCAUUCAACGGCCCUAGCAUCGUGGACGACUAUGAGGCCGAUGACCUAGACGCUGCGUCUGACGAGGACGACGAGGGGCGCAAAGCCUAUCUGAAGCGGAAAAUGAUGACAGAUGGAGAAACGGAAGCAGAGGAUGAGCAGCCAGAGCGGAAAAAGACGAAAGCCGAGGUCAUGAAAGAAGUUAUCGCAAAAUCGAAAUUCCACAAGGCAGAGAGGCAACAAGCAAAAGACGACGACGAAGACCUGAGGAUGGAGCUUGACGGGGAGAUGUCUAGUCUACGCGAGCUGCUGUUUGCUAAAGGCAAGGGUACGGCGUCCAAUGCUGUUCCAGCCGCUUCCGCCCAAGAACUCCAGCGCGAGUACGAUAUGCAAGUACGAAAGCUGGCCGAGGACAGAAGAGCACAGCCUUCAUACCGCACCAAGACCGAAGACGAGAAGGCAGAAGAAGAGGCCACUAAGCUUCGCCAGUUGGAGGAGAAGCGCCAGAAGCGUAUGGAAGGCAUAGUGGAGAGUGGAAGCGAAGACGAAGCGGAGCCCGACGAGGAGGCAGAGCCUACCAACGGCCCAAUUCAGUUCAUUGAGAAGGAUGAGGGAGACGACUUCGGCCUUGGAACGGGUAUUAAGCUGCGACCAACAGCAACAGAGCUAGGAUUCGAUGACGAGGACGAUUUUCUUAUCGAGGACAACCUCAUCGCCGAGGGGGUUGAUAUUUCCCUCAGUGAAGAAGAGGAGUCAUCUGACGAGGAUGAAUCUAAUGAGUCCGAUGAGGGCGAGGAAGUCGACGAGGAUGAAGAGGAUGAGUUCACUAAGGGCUUGUUGAUGGAAGAAGAGGCAACAAAUCCCGCCUUUACUCUGAAGCUAGGCGGAACAACCGAUGCUGGAAGCCAAAAGGAGGAUGCUGACGGAUUGCCUUACGUGUUUUCCUGUCCAGAAACACACGAAGCAUUCCUCGAGAUCACGAAAACAGUGCCGGUCGAGAAGCUCCCGGUAGUGGUCCAGCGUAUACGUGCCCUCCACAAUUCGAAACUUGAUAGUGGAAACAAGGCAAAACUGGGUAACUUCGCAAAGGUCCUCAUACAGCACAUACCGUAUUUGGCAAAGCACGACGCACCAUUUGCUACAACCGAGAACCUGAUACGACAUGUUCACUCUCUAGCAAAGACCUACCCGAUUGAGAUAGGGACUGAGCUGAGAGCGCACAUCGAGAGGAUUAGUGAAAACCCUCUUGAUCUCGAUGUAGGUCACCUUAUGAUCAUGACAACGAUUGGGACCAUUUUCCCCACAUCUGAUCACUUCCACCAAGUCGUCACCCCAGCCAUUUUGACCAUGAGCCGCUAUUUGGGCAUGAAAAUCCCUCGAGAACUUACCGACUACACAAUUGGUAUCUAUCUUUCCAUACUUGCCAUUCAAUACCAGGCCACGGCGAAGCGAUAUAUACCCGAGGUGAUGAACUUCAGUCUCAACACUUUGACCGCACUGGCGCCGGUAAAGUCCAAGGACGGACUCGGCCUCUUCCCCGUACACGAGCCCACAGAAGGCAUUCGUCUGCACGAUGCCAAGAGCACCGCCGUCCGGAAGCUUAGCUGUAGUGACUGUACGGGCUCUUUGGGUAAAAAUGCUACAGAAGUCAAGAUUGCUCUUGUCGACACUACAGUCAAGCUAUUGGAUGCCGCAGCAACCACCUGGACAGGGAAGUCAUCCUUUGUCGAGACUUUUCAACCGGUGUCGAACGUCCUUGCUCACCUCUCGAGCAAACCUUGCCGUUCGCAAUUGCCCAAAGCACUGAACGAACAGAUUACCAAAUCAAAAGCCAAGUUGGACCGUCUAUCACAACUAGCGCGAUUAGAGAGACGCAAUUUGGAACUUCAUCACCACAAGCCUCUAGCUAUCAAGACGCACGUGCCCAAGUUCGAGGAUUCGUUCGAUCCAGUCAAGCAUUAUGAUCCUGACCGUGAGCGUGCUGAGCUCAACAAGCUCAAGGCUGAGCACAAGAAGGAGCGUAAGGGCGCAAUGCGUGAGCUUCGCAAGGAUGCCAACUUCAUGGCCCGCGAAAAGCUUCGUAUCAAGAAGGUCAAGGAUGCGGCAUACGAAAAGAAGUUCAAGCGUAUCGUUUCUGAUAUUCAGAACGAGGAAGGCAGAGAGUCAAAUGAAUAUGCAAGGGAGAAGGCACAAAGGAAACGUGCUUCGAAGAGAAGUUAAGCAUUGUUACAUAAAUCUGCACCAGCGUAAGGCAUCCCUGGCGUUCAUUUUUGGCUGGAGAAAAUCUUAGUAUCAUCAGGUAUUUCCAAUGAAUUUUCCUGUAGUUGCAUUUGUUGCAUCCAUGAUAUCAAUAAUCUGUUUUCCUAUCAUUAUAUGUACACCUAAGUCUUUGGUCACCAGGGACGGUAUACAGUCUCAAAGCUCAUACCUUCCAUUUCGGCAAAAUCGCAGUGUGCUAUUCCUCAAAGUUAACAAGCAGUCACAGCACAGCUUAGUCAUUUUUACUAUCUGAACUGACCUCAGUUCAUAAAGAACUAGUUAAGAUUUCGGUUCUCUCACUUUGUCACACUUUUCAACCUCGCCAAUAUCAUCAUCAAUCAGUGUUUUUUUAGAUGCAUAACCAAAACCAAUCUUACACUCGGGGCCAAAGCUUAGACCGCGAAUCUUUGACUUCAGAUAUGAAAUUGGUUCAACACCACCGUCCUUCAGCA